AUGUCCUUCCAGGAGUUGGAGCUGAUCGACGGUGUCAGAUUCAAUUGGAACCUCUUUCCGAGUACCCGCCUUGAGGCCUCACAACUAAGCACCCCGUUGGCAUGUUUGUAUACCCCAUUACAUGAAAGAGACCUGGACUACCAACCCAUUCCCACCACCACUGGGUAUCCGAUUCAAUGCAAUACCUGUCGUAAUUACGUCAAUCCCUUCAUCAAGAUUGACAGGAAAAACAACAUGUGGUGGUGCCCGUUCUGCCAGAAGAAAUCAUACUUGCCUGAUGACUACAAGUUACCUGAAUCACCCCAGAGUGUGGACGAAUGGCCCAUUGAAUUACGCCAAACGUCUUCAACCUUGGAAUUCGAGCUUCCCGACACCAUCACUGAUGCAGUUUCUACCCAAUUGCCUCUAGCAUUUUUCAUUGUCAUCGAUGUCUAUCAACACAUCGAGGAUACACCGGAUGACCCGUUCCGGGCUCUAAAAUCCAGUUUGGUGAAGUUCAUUGAGAGAAUUCCCGUGGGCAGCUUGGUUGGAUUGAUCACUUACAGUGAUACAGUCAGAGUACACAAAAUCGGUAAGCCUGAUCAUGUUAUUAACUUGAAUGACAUUUUACGUGACACUUCUGCCAACUAUAAGGCAAUAUUUGACGAAUCGACUAUUGUAAAAUGUUUGAAAAUAUUGGGACUAGAAUCCAAGCCGUUGGAUACCGACUGGAAAGAAAGUCCAUUGAUACAAGAGCAGAUAUUGACAGAGCUCAAUCCCGAGAAUAAGGCAGUCUUCCUCGAAAAGAUUAGAAACGUGAAGCCUAAGCUUACUGACAGUUAUCGACCCUCAAGAUCGUCUGGAUUGGCGCAUUAUGUUACAACAGUUCUUUUGUCAAGAGCAUCGUACAAAAAUUACCUUGGUAAAACUAUCUUUUUUACUACAGGGCCAUGUACCAGCUUUCCUGGAGUGGUCUUAGAUUUGAAACAAGGCCAAUCUAUGAGGUCGCAUACUGAUAUUCUGAAUUUCAAUGCUCCCCAUUUUGUUCCUUCUCUGAGAUUCUAUCAGUGUUUGGGGUAUAUAGCAAAUGGCCAAAGUAUUGAGAGGGCAUUUUCGAUAAGCAAGUCGUCCUCAAUGAAACCUAAUAAUUUCGGGUUAUCACCUGGGGCACCCUCUUGGAACACAGAUAUUUUUGUGGGUUCCUUAGACCAAGUGGGAAUCUACGAAAUGAAGCAUGCAGCCAAUUUAAGCAUGGGAAACAUUUAUUUGCUUGACUCAUUCAAAUCUUUCAAGUUGGAACAGUGCUUGGGACGAGCUUUCAAUUCUUUUCCCACUAAAGUCUUUAACACCCUCACCAUUGCUACAUCACAGGAUUUGAAAAUAUCUAAAAUGAUUGGUGAUAUUGGUUAUCCCUUACCUUCGAGCUACGGACAGUCACUGAAAUACUAUGAACAGCACCAUGAUAAAAUCUCAGACAAUUUGACAAAGUUUGAUUCUCCAGUAGCCAAGAAGUCGUUCACGAACAGGUGGUGGUUUAAUCUGUUAACAAAAAAUGUAACAUUAGCAUUUCAAUUCGACAUGAAUACAAAAAGAUCUUCCUCUGAUCUAAUGGCUAAUGGGACUAGAGAGGCGUACAUUCAGUUUCAAUUGAAGUACUGGGAUUUUGUUUCUAAGAGCUGGAAGCUUAGAAUAUCCACUAUUGAAAAACAGACUACACUUUCUGUGCUGGUUUCCAGAAAAUCGGGUUCUCCACAAAACACAAGAAUCAUCAAAGAGCACCAGCUCUUGAAAAGUUUUGAUCAGGAGUGUUGGAUGAUUAUUCUCAGUAGACUACUAAUCAGCAAGAUUGACAGUUCACUAGGAUACGAUCGGGUCGAUGACUUAAAAGAUCUCUUGGAUAGUACUUUUGUGAGAUUGUUGUUCUAUUUUGGAGGGGUCAAAUUGGACUUGAGUAGCUCAAACUCCCACAACCCAUAUCUCAGACUUCAGCAGAUUUAUACAAUGAACGAGCAUUUCAAGCUUUUACCUGCAUUGAUCUAUCACUUCAGGAGAAAUACUCAACUUUUUAGCAUUUUCAAUUCAAGUCCUGAUGAAAUUGCAUACUAUCAUUCUUCUUUUUUGAAAAUGAGCUGUGAUUUAUCCCUUAAGGUUGUUCAACCUCAAUUGUUCGAAAUAUCUAUCGAGAGUACAAAAGAAGUUCCAUUGGACUCAAGCUCUUUAAGCAUGUGCCCGGAGGACCUGUUCUUGAUAAUGGAUACUGUUUUUCAGAUUAUAGUAUUUAAGCUGCAAGCAAGCUUAAAACUACACCUGUCAAAUAAUGACGAAUUUUUCACCGAAAGAACUUCUGAAAUUGCAUUACCAAUGAGUUUUGUAAACCCUAUUUUGGCAAAAAGAGAUGCAGUGAUUCCCAACUUGGUAUUGACUCAAACCAAUCACUCGCAAUCAAGGUUUCUUGUCUCCCGACUAAAUCCGAAUGAUAAGGACGAUACACAAGUGCAAGUAGAGAAGAAUACCAAGAGUUCCGGAUUUUGGGAUAAGUUUAAGCAACUCACCAUAGCCCCACCCAGUUACAAUGUCAUGAAAACCGAUGAUUUGAGCUUGAGACAGUACUACGAUGGGUUAGUUCUUUUGGUUAAAAGCUAUAAGAUUGGGGACGACGAAUAA